CGGGCGGGCGGCCGGGAGCGGCGGCGGCGGCGCCUGACACACAAUGAGGGCGGCGGGGAGGCGCUGAGCGGCGGCGGCGGCGAGCGACGCGGGGCCCGGGGGCGGGGCGGGGCGCCAGCCAUGGACAAUCAGUGCACUGUCCAGGUCAAGUUAGAGCUGGGACACCGCGCCCAACUGCGCAAGAAGCCCACCACGGAGGGGUUCACGCACGACUGGAUGGUGUUCGUCCGCGGCCCCGAGCAGUGCGAUAUCCAGCACUUCGUGGAGAAGGUGGUCUUCCGGCUGCACGACAGCUUCCCCAAGCCCAAGCGCGUGUGCAAGGAGCCCCCCUACAAGGUGGAGGAGUCGGGUUAUGCUGGCUUCAUCAUGCCCAUUGAGGUGUACUUUAAAAACAAGGAGGAGCCAAGGAAGGUUUGCUUCACCUACGACCUGUUCCUGAACCUGGAGGGCAACCCGCCUGUCAACCACCUGCGCUGUGAGAAGCUCACCUUCAACAACCCUACUGUGGAGUUCCGGUACAAGCUUCUGAUGGCCGGCGGGGUGAUGGUAAUGCCCGAAGGAGCAGAAACGGUGUCCAGGCCCAGCCCUGACUACCCCAUGUUACCCACAAUUCCACUCUCUGCCUUCUCUGACCCCAAGAAGACCAAACCGUCCCACGGCUCCAAGGACGCCAGCAGGGAGAGCGGCAAGGCCUGCAAGGCCCACAAGACAGCAAAGGAGCACCGGGAGCGGCCACGCAAGGACUCGGAGAGCAGGGGCCCCUCCAAGGAGCCGGAGCGUGAGCAGGCCCGGAGUGCCAAGGAUGCCACGCGGAAGCUGGGUGAGGGCCGGCCACCUAAGGAGGAGAAGGCCCCACCCCCCAAGGCCGCAUUCAAGGAGCCCAAGAUGGCCCUGAAGGAGACCAAACUGGAGAGCAUGUCUCCCAAGGGCGGACCCCCGCCGCCACCCCCGCCCAAGUCUUCCAGCAAGCGGCCGGCUGCCGCUGACUCGCCCAAGCCCAGUGCCAAAAAGCAGAAGAAGAGCAGCUCCAAGGGGUCCAGGAGCGCCCCCAGCACCUCGCCCCGCACCUCGUCUUCCUCCUUCUCGGACAAAAAGCCGGCCAAGGACAAGGGCAGCUCCAAAGGGGAGAAGGUCAAGGCCGAGAGCGAGCCCAGGGAGAUCAAAAAGCCUCCGGAGGUGGAGGAGUCCAACUCUGAGGACGAGGCCUCCUUCAAGACCGAGUCUGCCCAGUCCAGCCCGUCCAACUCCAGCUCCAGCUCCGACUCCAGUUCGGAUUCAGAUUUUGAGCCAUCUCAGAACCACAGUCAAGGACCCCUUCGUUCCAUGGUGGAGGGCCUGCAAUCGGAGGAAUCUGAUGAGGACGACUCUUCAUCAGGCGAGGAAGCUGCUGGCAAGACGAACGCAGCGAGGGACUCCAGAUUGAGCUUCAGUGACAGCGAGAGUGACAAUAGCGCAGACUCCUGCCUGCCCAGCCGGGAGCCCCCUCCUCCCAAGAAGCCGCCCCCACCCCACAGCAAGGCGUCAGGCCGCCGGAGCCCAGAGCCCUGUAGCAAGCCUGAGAAGAUCCUCAAGAGGGGUGCCUAUGACAAGGCCUACACGGACGAGCUGGUGGAGCUGCACCGGCGGCUGAUGGCGCUGCGGGAGCGUAACGUGCUGCAGCAGAUUGUGAACCUGAUCGAGGAAACUGGUCACUUCAAUGUCACCAACACCACCUUUGACUUCGAUCUCUUCUCCUUGGACGAGACCACCGUGCGCAAGCUGCAGAGCUACCUGGAGGCCGUGGCCACAUGACCCUGGGCCGGGUGCCAGGCCCUGUCCCCAGGGUCCUGGGAGGCCAUGACCGGGCCCUGCCUUCCUUCCUCUCUCGACUUGCCUGCCCGCAGCACUGCCUUAGUGACCGCCCUGCCCUCGGCCCACAUGGCCAGCUGCACUUUCCUCGUUGGGAGCCCCAGGGCCGAGGGGGGCCAGGCCUGCACCACUGCACCACUCUCAGGGGCCGUCACCUGGGCCCCUCUGGGAAAGCAGCUUGAGUUGAAGGCAGCGCCAGGCCUCACUCCUGAAGGGGAAGAAAUGUGCCCUGCAGUGGGGGCCUCGAUUCAUAGUGGGGGCCUCGAUUCAUAGUGGGGCAUGGGGCAUAGCUCCACUGCUGCGGUCCCUCUGAGCAGCUGGGGCACUGCCUCCAGCCUCCGCAAACGGUUCAGAACACACCCUCUGCACCCCAGGACCUCCGAGGGCUCCCACCGCAUUGGGGCAGCCCGGCUCAUCCUCUGUGUGAGCCAGAUGCAGUCCCUCGUUGGCUCUCACUGUGCUGGGGCUCUGUGCUGUAUAGUUGUCUCUAUUAUAUAUAUAUGUAUGCACUGUAGGUACCAGAGCGGUUUCCGGGUGUGCGUUUCCGUGGCAGCAGAGCACGUGGGGGGUGGGGGUGGGUGUCAGAUGGGACUUUUAGGUUAAGAUGUCUCCACUGGUCUUGUCGGGCUGAAGGCAAGCUGGAGCGCCAGCUGGCCCUCUCUGGGUGCCGGGAGGAAUCCUCCCUCAGUGGUUCCAAGGACACCGCCUCGCCCAGGCCGGAGAGCACUACAACAGGGCAGCAGGUGCUCACUGCCCAGGGUCUGUGUUCCCGGCCGCCUGGUCAGACUGGCGCUGUCCCCAGGAGUAGCCUGCCCGGGCCCCAGCCAGCCGCGGGCCGUGACUGUGUUGGCGCCCUGGGAUCGCCCUCCUCCUCCUUCCAUAGGAUCCUCUUCCUUCUGUUGACUGAAUCUUUGAACUUUGAAAAACAAUGAGCUUUUGCCAAAUAAGACGGGAUAGUUUGUGGAGUCUUUUGAGGAGCAUCAGGACUCAGAGCCAGCCCGUCGUGCCUGGGCCCGGCCAGUGGCGGGCCCUCCCACCCCUGCGAUUCACACCAGUCCAGGGCUGGAGACCCGACUCCUCGCACGCCUGAAACUCUCCAAGGGCCAAGCCAGCUCCUCCUCCCGGCCAGAACACCCUCGAGGGGUCAGCCCACCUUGUGUGGGGCUCCUGGGGGCUGGGUGUCUGUUUGCUCCGCCUGUGUUCCCCCAGACCUCUACUCAAGGCUCCUUGUCCCCAUUGGCUCUGGGAGAGGAGGUCAGGGCUGGAGCCGGGCUCAUCUUCUCACCCCAGUUUGUGAGUUCCCGCAUGGGGCACGCCCAGCUCCCCUCCCCUGUGGUCCCUGACUCCUGGCCCUGCUCCAAUUCCGUCUGUCAGGCAGACGCCGAACACUCCCUUGGGAAUCCUGCCUCCAAGGCCUCCCCAAACGCCAGCCGUCCUGGGAAGAUCCCGGGACUCUGGGAAGGCCAGAACUUUCAGAGGAAACAGCCGUGACUCCUCGCCAUCUGCUCUGAUUCUCUCCUGACCCCACUGCCUUGAGGUAUUAGGAAGAGGGCAGGCCUGUGUGGCAGGCUCUGUGCUGCCACCAGCCCCUUCCCCAGGCAGUUCAACAAUACUCCAAAGUGGGGCACUUUCUUCUCUGGAAACUAAGACAUUGGACAGAAAGGACUGGCUUAGGGGCAGCAGCUGCCUGGUCCUCUAUGCACAGAGGCCACCAGGGGUCACGGGCAGGCGCCUCAGCCCAAGGGCGCUAGUCUUUCUCCUUCCAGGAUCUCCUGGGAAGGGCUGCAGGCCCUCCUGACUUGGUGACUCAGGCAGCCCUCUGCUCAGGAGCCAGGCUUGCCCCCAGAGACAGCUAGAGGAAGGCCGGGCUCGCGGGCCUGCCCUUGGCUGCAGCAAGUAUCUGGCCCUUCCUGCUGUUUCCAGGGCCUCUGGAAGCACCGACCCAUUUCUGUUACCUCUUCUGGCCAGAAAGCCCCAGCAUUGUCCUCCGAAGCUACUCUGGGCUCAGUGCUGGCCCUGUGACCACCUGAUGGACAUGCCAGGCAGCCAGGGCCCCAACCAUGGCAUUUCCAGCUGCUCCCCCAACCCACACACAGCUGCCUGGCAGCUGGGCCCACUGGGGCUCUGGGGACACUUCCAUAGGAAGGGGCCAGCACUUUGUGACUGCCGUGUCUUUAGUGUUAAGCCCCCUGCCCCCAGUGCAAAUCCCUGUGUUUUGCUAUCUCCUGAACAAAAUGUAAACCGACGCCUGAAAGCAAGAGGUAUCGAAUACCUUUCUUACCCAUAAGGGUUUUCUACAAAGAAUGUGUCUCACUAGGAACUGGGAUACUCAUUGGCCAAGACCAACUCCUGGAUAAAAGGAAUAAAGGAGAAUCGUGUUUGUAAUAAGUUACAGGAUUGUUUCUGUCCUGGAUUUUAAACUUUUUGUUAAAUUGUGAAAUUAUGGAGGAGUUUUAUAGAAAAAAAAGUGAAAUAAAGUCAGAUGGGAAAGCAGA